CGUGAAGCGCUCAAUAACGAAUGGUGAAACAUCUGACAUGGUCUGGAUUUGGAGCUUUCAGUGCUGAACGAAAUGCUCGAUCCGAUCGCAUGGGAACUGGUGAGUACUAUUUGUUGAGAUUGCUAGUGAAAUCUGCCCAUUCAGCUCCUUGAGAUUCAGUACGAUAAUCGUGAGAACUAUUGCACCGGACUAUGGCGGAGGGUGGCUUUUCCACGGCCCUGCCGAAGACAGGGAGUGAGCCAGAGGAGAAGAAAAUCAACUUCGCCGAUUUGAAGGGAUGGUCGUCGCAAGUUGAGGAUCUGGUGGAUGCCGGAGAUGCCGAUGGAGCUGUGAAUCUGCUGAAAAAGGUCGUGGAAAGUUUACAGCUUCGCGACGAUGCUGAUAGUAAUUUAGGGCUAGCUGCGGCAUUCACCGAUCUUGGAGGAGUUUACGCCUCUCAAGGACUUUCACUGAAGUCCGACGAGUGUUUCACCUCGGCCUUGCUUAUCAAACAACGGAGAACCCAGAAGCCUGCAGAAGUUCUGCUGGAGUCGUGGGAAAAUGUUGUGCAUGCACCGGACACUGGGGAGGAGAAGAGGGGUUCUGCCCAAUCGGCAUCUAGUAUAGAAGAUUACUAUAAAUAUGAUCAUUUUCCCAGCAUCAGGAAUUCUGCAGACUCCUGUGCUACGGGGGCUAGAGAAGAAGAAGAUUGGGAAGCUGCUACGAGUGAACUACCAACAUUGAAGAAUGCAUCUUCAGCUUUUGCAAAGCAGGAUCUGCCUGCUAAUAAUAAGACAAAUGUAAAACAAAAGCAGCGAGGAAGGGGAUCCUUUACAUAUGGUGGAGCUGGUAUGUACAGCGACAAUUUGGACGGUGAUGGUGCUGGUGAUGAGGAUGGCCAGCGAGACGGUACUCUGAGCGACCAUUCAUUGAACGGUGGAGCAGAUCAUGUGGUGGUCAUCAGUGGCUUCUCACCUAAGCUGAAAACGAAAGAUCUAGAAGACUUGGUGAAGCCUUACUCAAAGCAAGGGGGAUGUACAUUACGCUGGAUUGACGAUACCACUACUUUAGCCGUUUUCCGCACCCCAGCCUUGGCCAGAGAGGCAUUGACUGGUAUCAGCGACCCCAGGUUUAAAGUUGGCGUCUACAAUGAAUCAAGCCGUGCUUAUGGUUUAGCGUCCGAGAAAGAUCUGCAGCCACCGGCAGCACGGCCCGCUUCAACUGCCAGAGUAGCCCAGAGAAUGAUUGCAGGAGCCCUUAGUCAACAAGGGGUAAGGCAAGCACUGAUGGCAAAGGGUAGAACAAGUGCCGAAGAGGUGAAGAAACAAGAAAGGCAACGAAGAGAGAGGCUGCAGACAAGGGCACAACUCCGUGACGAGGCUUGGGGAUCAGACGACGAUUAGCAUGUGAAGAAACUCCGCCCGUUAGACUUUAAGAAGCAGAUUGAAGCAGGAUGUAGUUUCGAAAGUCAUAAGCAGUUCGGAGGAGCAUCGGGUAAAAUUUGUAUCGUGUCACGUGCUGUAGCCUUUGGUAGGAUAACAAAAGGUGUCAUGACAAGAGCGACAGUGGAUGAAGUUUGAAACAUAUAUUUGCAAUAAACUGAGUCCCUCAGUCAGGUAACGCUUCUUGGAGGAGCCGA